GCUAUUGAAAAGAAGCGAUUUUUGAAAACAAAACAGAAAACAGGGCUUGUAACUCCUCCUCCUAGGAUAUUCCUGCAAUUGAAUACAUUCACUUUCCACAAAUGGUAUUGCAAGCAAAGAAAGAGAGAUGAACAUCCCAAUUCUUCUCUCAUCCCAAAGUCUCGGGGCAUCUGAAUAAUUGACCAAGUUUUUAAAAAAUAAACAAGAAGAAGGGCUGGAAUUCACACACUGUUUCAUCUACUUUGGAUUUUAUCAUCCACUGAAAAAUCUUGCAGGAAGGAUGAAUAUGAAUCUCAGAAGAUGGCUGGCCUUAGUACUCAUGGUACAACUGCUUUUCACCUUUGCAGAGUCUAAAAAUAUUAUGAAAAAUCAAGAAUGUGCUGAGUUCCAAUCUGCACAUUUACUAUGGGGUACAAAUCUCCAAGUUCGAUUUCUUCUGUUUCCCUUUUCCAAUCCCAGCUGUGGACGGCUGCUUUCACAACAGGAGGACAUCCAGGAGGUUGGAUUCAAUGCCAGCUUGGGAACUAAAAUAAUCAUUCAUGGUUUCAGGGCACUAGGCACCAAACCGUCAUGGAUAAAUGCACUGAUUCAAGCCUUCCUAGAAGUAGCCAAAGUCAAUGUGAUUGCUGUAGAUUGGGUUCAGGGAGCCACAGCAGCCUAUCCUACUGCAGUGGAAAAUGUUAUGAAAUUGGGACUGGAAAUUUCUAGUUUUAUCCGCAAGUUACUGGCUAUGGGGGUGCCAGAGUCAUCCAUCCAUCUUAUUGGGGUGAGCCUUGGAGCACACGUUGGGGGCCUGGUGGGCCAAUUCUAUGAAGGCCACCUUGGAAGAAUUACUGCUCUGGAUCCAGCGGGGCCAAAAUACACAAGAGCCAGCCCUGAGGAGCGUCUGGAUCCUGGGGAUGCUCUCUUUGUAGAAGCCAUUCACACAGAUUCAGAUAAUUUUGGUAUCCAAAUACCCGUGGGGCACAUUGAUUACUAUCUUAAUGGAGGGAAAGAUCAGCCUGGAUGUCCCCGUUUCAUAUUAUCUGGCUACAAGUACCUGAUCUGUGACCAUCUGAGGGCUGUGCAUUUCUACAUCAAUGUCUUGAAAGAUUCCUGCCCAGUGAUGGCUUUCCCUUGUUCUAGUUAUAAGAAUUUCUUAGCUGGUCACUGUUUAGAUUGCUUCAAUCCUUUCUUGCUCUCCUGUCCCACAAUUGGACUUUUGGACAAUGGAGGACUCAACAUGAAAACGUUACCUAGAGAGGUUAAAGUUUACUUGGCCACAGCUGCAUCAGCACCAUACUGUGUACACCAUACACUUGUGGAGUUCCACUUGCAACAGAGGAGAACUUCAGAUACCAAUAUUGAGAUAACCUUUCUCACUAGCAACUCCUCAGCUAGCACCAGCUUCAUCAUACCCAAACAACAAAUGUUGGGCAAAGGCUUGCUGAUUCAUUCCGCUCCACUAUGCCAGAUAGAAAGUGUGAUGUUGCAGCAGCGUCACAAGUUUUGGAAGAGGAACAAAGAUGAGCCACCUAUUGUUGGGCACUUUUGUACUGCACCUCUACCUGUGGAUACAAAUGAGAAGAUGAUGUGCUUGCCACAAGUACUGACUAUUACAAGCCAUAACCCCCUUCUACAGAACCUCAACAUUCAGUGUGAUUAGCACAGUUUUCACUUGUGGACACAGAUAUUAUAACAGGGCUGUAACUUUGAAGGUUGAUUUUAAAAUCAAAUGUGUGGCAUUGAAUUUUUUAAAUGUGUUUUCUGUCACAGAAUACUUGCUUCACUUCAACUGCUAAUAAUUUAAGCCUGUUUUUAGUAAUAAUUAGUUUUAUAACCAUGAUGAAAAUAAUUACAAUGUACAUAAAAUGGAACAGCACCUAAUUGAACAGGACCUAUUACUAAUAAAUCUGGAGUGAAAAUAAGUAGAUUCUGCCAGAAACUGACUGUACAUGGUGCUAAUUGUUUGACAGUAUAUAUUACUUACCAUUGUAAAUGCAGUUCUCCAUUUAGAAGGAAACAAAUGGCAUUUUGCUUGAUGUACUUUCAGAAGUGGAAGGCCAUUAUCAAGGAAGGGGGCAUUUCAUGAAUUUCUCUUCUACUGCUUAUAUCCAUUAGCAUGUUCAACUCAGUUGUCUGACCCACUAGAUGAAGACUUUACACAAUACAAGAGAAACAUUUUCCAUUUGUAUCCCAAGUAGUAUUUUGCAGUAAAUGUAAGCAAACUUCUACCCCUUAGUAUAAAAUCUUUGCUCAAGGCAACUGGCAUGUUAAGAAUUUCUGGAUCAUACUACCUAAUUCAAAACAGGAAAAGUAUAGAAGAUGGACAUCUACAUGUUUUGUCUGAUCUUCACUUCUGUGGGAGAGUAUCCAUAACAUCUUCCUUGUGCCUCAGCAAAAUUGUCCAGUGUUAAAACAAAGACAGUAAUAGUAUCAGGAUUAAUUACCGAACUUGGCAUCACUAUUUUAAUUUUAUUUUGUAAAUAUGUUUUUGUGGGUUUUAAAACAACACCUCCAAACUGUUAACAGUAGAACCUUUGCCUCUCAUUAAUAAUGUAUACAAUAAAGUUUUGAUUUAACUUUCCAUUCA